UUAGUUGUUAUUACGUCGACGUUUGAAUUGGUUGUUUCGUAUUAAAAUUGAAUUUGGUAGACGAAACGCGUGUGCGGUUUUUAAUGUAUAAUUCGGAGAAAAACUCUAAUAAAAGUAGCAAAUCAAAGUGGGAAAAGACGUUAUAGGAAUUUGUUAAAUUCCUGAAUUUUCUUCACUUUAAGCAUAAAUGUUAUAAACUAUUGAAAACAACAAAGGAUUAUCGAUUACAAAUAAUUGCUGUAAUUAAAAAAAAACUAAAAUAUUCUGUUCAAUUGUAAAGAGUAUUUGAGCCAACCUUAUUGAGCCGAAGAGAAUUUUAUCAAAUAGAGAGCCAAAAUGCCGCUAAAGAAAAAAUCACAAAGUGGUCACUCGUUUUUAAAACGUGCCAGCACCGAUAAAUUACGUGAAGUCUUCCAAAAAUACGCAACCUACGAAAAGAAUGGUGAACAUUUUAUGACUAGCGAAGAUUUUGUAAGGAAAUUUUUGGGUUUAUUCACAGAUGCCGCAUUUAAUGAUGAAUCAGUGCGUUUAUUAGCGGGUAUUGCUGAUACAAGCAAAGAUGGACUUAUAUCAUUCUCAGAAUUUCAAGCUUUUGAAGGUUUAUUAUGUACACCAGACGCUUUAUAUAAAACAGCUUUUCAAUUAUUCGAUCGUCAAGGCAAUGGCACAGUGUCCUAUAGUGAUUUUGCUGAUGUCGUACAAAAAACUGAACUACAUUCAAAAAUACCUUUUAGCCUAGACAGCCCCUUUAUUAAACGAUAUUUUGGUGAAAAAAAACAACGUUUAAUUAAUUACGCUGAAUUUACUCAAUUACUUCAUGAUUUUCAUGAGGAAUAUGCGAUGGAAGCAUUCCGUAGCAAAGAUCCAGCUGGUUCUGGAUAUAUUUCCCCAUUAGAUUUUCAAGAUAUUAUGGUUAAAGUUAAAAAGCAUUUACUCACCGCCGAUGUUAAAGAUAAUUUAGUAGCCGUCACCGAAGGCCAUAAGGUAAGCUUUCCAUAUUUUAUGGCUUUCACAUCGUUGCUAAAUAAUAUGGAAUUGAUAAAACGCAUCUAUUUACAUUCUACACAAGGUAAUCGCACAGAACCCGUUACCAAAGAUGAACUUUUAUAUGCUGCUCAAACUAUGAGUCAAAUUACACCCUUAGAAAUUGAUAUUCUAUUUCAAUUGACCGGAGCUCUACAUCAAACUGGUUGGUGGAGACGUAAAAAAAUACAAGCAAGUAGCCGCAUAGUCUAUAGCGAUUUAAGCAAUAUUGCACCCGAGCAUUAUACGAAGCAUAUCACCACUAGAUUGGCUGAAAUAAAGGCAGUGGAAAGUCCAGCCGAUAGAUCAGCAUUUAUACAGGUUUUAGAGAGCACAUAUCGUUUUACUUUGGGCUCUUUGGCAGGCGCCGUGGGUGCUACAGUUGUUUAUCCCAUUGAUUUGGUUAAGACACGCAUGCAAAAUCAACGCACAGGCUCUUACAUUGGUGAGGUGGCCUAUAGAAAUUCCUGGGAUUGCUUUAAAAAGGUCAUACGGCAUGAAGGUGUGAUGGGUCUUUAUCGUGGUCUAUUGCCUCAAUUAAUGGGUGUGGCACCCGAAAAAGCCAUUAAAUUAACUGUCAACGAUUUAGUGCGUGAUAAAUGUACCGAUAAACAGGGUCAAAUUCCCUUGUGGUCUGAAAUUUUAGCUGGUGGUUGUGCUGGUGCCUCUCAAGUGGUCUUUACAAAUCCUUUGGAAAUUGUGAAAAUUCGUUUGCAAGUUGCUGGUGAAAUUGCUGGCGGUAGUAAAGUUCGUGCCUUAUCGGUUGUGCGUGAUUUGGGUUUGUUUGGUCUUUACAAGGGUGCUCGUGCUUGUCUGCUGCGUGAUGUACCUUUCUCGGCUAUUUAUUUCCCAACUUAUGCUCAUACAAAGGCUUUGUUUGCCGAUGAAGAUGGCUACAAUCAUCCUCUAACUUUAUUGGCUGCUGGUGCCAUAGCUGGUGUACCAGCUGCUUCUUUGGUAACACCUGCUGAUGUGAUAAAGACCCGCUUACAGGUUGUAGCCCGAUCGGGUCAAACAACCUAUAGUGGUGUAUGGGAUGCUACUAAGAAAAUUAUGGCUGAAGAAGGACCCAGAGCAUUCUGGAAGGGAACAGCCGCUCGUGUCUUCCGUUCAUCACCACAAUUUGGUGUCACUUUGGUGACCUACGAAUUACUGCAACGUCUCUUCUACGUUGAUUUUGGUGGCUCUCAUCCCACUGGCUCAGAAGUGAACAAACCCAAAGCCAUAGACACCAGCAAUGUGCGUAUUAAUGCCGAUCACAUUGGUGGCUAUCGUGCUGCUGUACCUCUACUAAAUGGUAUUGAAUCGAAAUUUGGUCUAUUCCUACCACGUUUUGGUCAUGCCCAACCACAGUCGUCUGCGACAACUGCCAAAACAACAUCAUGAUGACGAUAUCGUAGUUUAUAUUAAGUUUAAAUGCCAGUUAAUUUUAUAUUUAAUUUCUUUCUCUGUAUAAUUUUUUUUUAAAUACAAUUCUUAUAAUUUUGUUUAAGUUUAAAGUAAAAAAAAAAAAUAUUUAGUUUUCAUAAAACACAACAACAACAAAAAAUACAAUAAAAAGUGAGAAAAUUUCGAGAGAAAAAAAACAAACAAUUAAAUUAAACAAAUUCAUUAAUACAAUCAAUUAUCAUUUAGCAAAGGUUUAAAUAAUGAUUUAUUUCAUUUGAUUAAUAAAAAAACAAUUAAAAAAUAUACAAAUAAAUAAAUUGAGAAAAUCAUAAAAUCACUAAAACACAAAAUAAAAUAUAUUUUUUGCUAGGAAAAUUAUUAUAUUUCAAUAAUGAUAAAGUCAAAGUAAAGUAAAAUUUAAACAAAUAUUUAAGUAUAACAGUUAGUGCUAUUUGAAUGAUCUUUACACUUAUACAUACAAAAAAAAUGUACACCUAAAGUAAAAAAAAAUAAAACACACACAAAGAAACAUUUUUUAAGACAAAACGAAAACUCAAGAAAUCAAAAAAAUAAAACUUUAAUAAAAAUUAUUAUAAUUUUCUUAUUUACAAUUUAAAAUCUGCCAUAAAUGACAAAAUAGAAUGUGAAAAUUAUAAAAAUUUUAUUAUUAUAUUUAAUGCCAAUUGUCCUUUGUUUUUUUUCGUUAGAGAAAAUAAAUUUAAACAAAAUAUAUAUAUAAAAAAAAUUAUGAAACAAAAAUUAAUACAAAAUCUUUUUUCUAUAAACCUAUAAUAUAAUAAUAUAGGGAAAUUGAUCAAAUAACAGUUUAGAGUAUAACAGUUUUGCUAUAAUUUAACUUAAACAAAAAAUUUCCACAAUAGUUUCAUUUUAAUAUGUAAUUUAUAUUUAUUAUAAAUUAUAAAAUUAAUUUGAAUAGCAACUUACGUUUCUUUUCUCUUCUUUAAACUGUUAUACAUAAAUUGUUAGACGAAAAACCUGAAAAAAAAGAAAUUGUAAUAAAUUAUUUUUCAGCACUUAUGAACCUCAACUUUUU